CGGCACCAUCGUGGACGGAUUGUGCGAAGCGUCGGAUGCACUUUACGCGGGUCGUUUUCGAAAGAUCUACCAAAGAUCUUAUUUCGCCCCACGCGACGCAACGAUGCUCCCGGCGACGGCGCUGAGCUGGCAGUCCAACGUCGACAUCCCGAUGCGCCGCAUGAUGAUCCAAAAGCUCCUGUGGCUCUUCCAGCACCAAACGACGUUUGUGCAGGCCAUGCCCCCCCUCGACGCCCGCCUCCCGUCGCUUGUGCGCCGCCUCGAGCUCGCGCUCUACCUGCGUGCCGCGUCUCUCGACGAGUACCUCAACGAGCACUCGGUGCAGCGCCGGGUCCAAUCGCUCAUUAUCGCGCUGCACCACCAAGCUAUCUUGCAGUUUGCGCCGCAUCCGAAUGCGCCGAUCGCCUUUCACAUUUCGGCCACAAAGCGGCCGCGCAACGACGGUGACGACGACGACGAGGCUGUGAUGCCGCGCGCCAAGGCCCCGCGCAACCUGCCAAGAACGACGUUUUUGCUCGACAACCACGAAGAUGUGCUGCGCAAUGUGUUUUCGUUCCUUGACGGACGCACGAUCUUUGCGUGCAUGCGCAUCAACAGGUACACAGCGACGUUCCUUCCAUCAUGCGUCCUCUAUUUGCAUGUUCCCGUGCACCACCUCGAUGCACUCCUGCGGUCGCGCCAACUACAACACUGCACGCGACUCGAGCGUCUUGAUGUCUUUAACGCUACCUCGACCGAGCCGCCGUCGUCUCAAUCGAGCGAGCUCGUCGUCCUACAACUCGCUCGCGCCAUGGCGCAGAACGAGCUGCCCAACUUGCGGCGUCUCUCGCUGCACGCAACCUUUGUCAACACGACGGGACGCAACGGGACGGCGGCGCUCUGUGCGGCGCUGCCGCAGUGUCCGCUCCUCGAAGAGCUCGUGCUCGGUGGGAAUGCCCUCGGCGAUUCAGGCGCCAAAGACGUAGCGAAUUGCCUCUUGCGACAGCACUGCCCGCGACUGCGCCUGCUGGACCUCCGUCGCAAUUACAUUGGCGAGGGCGGUAUGAAGGACUUGGCCGUCGCCCUCGCUACGCAGCGUGCGUCGCUGUUGCGCUGGCUUCUUCUUGGCAGCAACAUUGCUUGUGACGGGGCCGUGAUGGCGCUGGCACUGGCGCUUGAGAAAGGCCACAUGAAGCAACUCGAGUUCCUUGGCCUCGAAGACAACUUUGUCAACGUUGACGGCAUCCACGCACUCGCCACGUCCUUCCGGAAGGGAGCGUGUCCGGCGCUCAAGGAGCUUUGCAUUGGCGACAACAUCGUCGAGAACCAUAUCAUUCAGGACGUGUUUGCCUUUGCGUUGCAAAAGAAAGCCAGUAGCAACACCGGAUGAAUCGUUAUAACGAAAUGUAAUGUCGAUGUGAUGUGUGACGACCGA